GAGCCAGUCCAUGACGUCAUACUUUGCUAUUGACACAGUGUAGACAUCCCUGCUGAAUGAUCAAUUUUGUCUCCCGAGGUUGCGAAACGAAGUUCUGAGGUCUACUGUUCUACUAACCUACCGGUAUACCGAGGAUUUUUGGUGGAGAUGGGUUCAGAUGCCAUCAAGCUGUUGAUAUGUGGCAGCGGUAAUGGAGCGCACGCAUUUGCCGGCAUAGCGUCCUCUUUGCACGGAACUGAAGUUCGUGUGCUUAGCCUGUAUCAAGAUGAAGCAGAGCGUUGGAACGCCAGCAUGCAGACUAAAGACCUUGAAGUCAUCUUGCAUCGGAAGGGGCAAGAUACAACUUCUGUUACGUCGAAACCUUCAAUGGUAACCAAAAACGCUCAGGAUGCCAUGCAAAAUGUGGAUAUUGUCGUGUUUGUACUCCCAGCGUUUGCCCAUCAGGUCUUCCUGGAUGCCUUAAAACCUUAUAUAAAACCUGGCACAAUACUUGUUGGUAUGCCGGGAGAACCGGGUUUUGAGUUCCAAGUUCGUCACGUGCUGGGCGAGACAGGACGGCAAUGCACUGUAAUGAAUUUUGAAUCUUUACCGUGGGCAUGCCGUAUAACUGAGUUUGGUGCUAAAUGUGAAGUUCUUGGCACCAAGGAAACUCUACUGGGAGCCUUGAAGGAAGGGGAGGGUGUGGCACCCCAGAAGGAUCCGGUAUCAACAUUGCAAUAUCUCCUAGGACCUCUUCCCAAGUUGAUUGUCUCAGGUCACCUUGUGGGUGUUCAGUUAAUGAGUGUUAAUGCCUACUUGCACACUUCAAUAACCUAUGGUCAGUGGGUAGGGUGGGAUGGGAAGCCACUGGCUGAGGCACCUUUGUUCUACAAUGGCUUGACCGAGUCAGCAGCAAAUAUUCUCUCCAGUGUCUCUGAUGAGGUUGUGAGUAUUGCCAAGGCUUUUGGAGAGAAAACAGGAGCAGACAUGUCUAACGUGGAGCACAUUUACUAUUGGUACAUGAGGUGUUAUCCACAAGACAUCGCUGACAAGACCAAUCUUUACACUGCAAUACAAACAAAUGCUGCCUACCAAGGAUUAAAGCAUCCAGUAAAGAUAACUGAGGAUGGAAAAUUCCUUCCAGAUUUCACCCACCGUUACAUGACGGAGGAUAUACCUUUUGGCUUGGUUGUUAUCCGGGGUAUUGCUGAAAUCAUUGGGCUUGAGACACCGAAUAUUGACAGGGUGCUUACUUGGAGUCAGCAGCAAAUGGAGAAGGAAUACCUGAUGGACAAAAAGUUGCAAGGGAAAGAUGUCAGCACUUCCAGGGCACCUCAGAGCUAUGGGUUCACUACUCUUGAAUCCAUCCUGUAAACUUGCUUGUCGAUGUUACCUAAGAUUUCAAUGUCGAGAUUAAUAUAUUUGUCUGUUUCAUUGUUCAAAAGUCAUCUCGAGAAAAGUUUUUCAGGAAAGAUAAGAAAAAAGGUAGUGAGCUGUUUUGAUGUAAAUGACGAUAAAAUUUCCAAUAAAGUUCCAACUAACUCCAG